AUGUCUUUUUCAAAAUUAAUGACACUUCAACAGCUAAAAGCCAUCGGAGUCAAAGAUGAUAGAUGGACCGUACAGGAUAAACUUCUUAUAAAAGAAAUUUUAGAACUUCAAGAUCAGUUAAAAAAUUGCGUACAUGGAGAUAGAAGCCUUGCCAGAAGAUUAUUACAAAAUCACAAAGAAUUACAAGUGGCUUAUAUGAACAUGAGUUUAGAUGUAAAUUUUAAUUUUUCAUUUAUUUUUUUUUUUUUAUCGAGAAUGGCUGUUGAAUUAGGAAAUCUUCGAUUUUUAACUUCUCUUCCAGAUUUUGAUAGAAAAGAUAUACAACAGCAAGCAAUAACAAAUGCAAUACAAAACUAUGACGUUAAAUUUUGUGCUGCUAAAAAUAUUCAAGGCGUUUAUAGAAGAAUGUUAGCAGUCCUUAGAAAAGAUCAAAGAUACUACGAAGCAAUUUUGGUAACACUUCAAAGCGACAGCAACAUACAACACAAAUGCUUGAUAAGAGCUACUGAAAUGGGUCAAUUGGCCAUGGAAGAAAUGGCUAACAUGAAAUACGAAUACGCGAGGUUGGAGAAGGAAGUCAGAUCCAAUAUGGUCGACAGGGAGGCUUGUUUAAAAGAAAUUCGGGAAAGAUUGGUCGCAUUGCUCGAAGAAUCUCAAGGACUUGUUCGAACUGAGAGUGAAUUCGACGUUCAAAUGAUUCAAACUGUAACGGUUGAAGAACCCAAAAAAAAGGGUAAAGACAUUGAACAAGAAAUUCGCGAAUUAAAUGAUAUUCUUACAAGAUUACAAGAUGUCACCCUGGUACCAAAUGCUAAAAAUAUAUUGCCCAACAUGUUAAAUACGUUAAGACAAAAACGAAGACUUUUGGAAGAAUUGCGACAAAAUGCGGUAGCCUUUGAAGACAUGCUGAAUAAAAAAAAUCACGCGGAUUUAAUGUUUUAUUCUUUGUAUCACUCGGGAGCGGAAACAACAUCACUUUUUGAUUCAGAAUGCAAAAGAUUAAACAGUAAAAUAGAAUUUGAAAAAAAUAGAUUGAAACAAAUCAAUUUUGAACAGAAUAAAGUGUCGAAUGUGAGCGUGAGAUUGCGAUGCGGUUUGCAAAGAUUAUGUAAACUUUUAGAAGAAGUCAAAACGCCCCCAGAUUAUAUAGACAAAGACGUACUACCCUGGCCGGUUAAUAAUUUAGCCGAAUCUUUGCGUUUUAAAACGGAGAGUACAGCCGAAGAAGUCGCGAAACCUCCGAUCAAUGAAGAAGCCCAGAGAUUGAUUCAUCUCAUCGAUUCCAAAGUAAUGUUUUUGAAAACAAGAUUAAAAGAAAUUGGUCCAGCAGCUGAAGAAGAAAGAGCUUUCGUAACACAUUUCAAACACGUAUCUAAUUUUAUAUCUAGCAAUUUAUAUCCGGUUGAAGAUGUUGUUGAAGCUCAUGCUCAAGUUCCAAAUAGAUUAGAAAUAAAAGAAAGAAGUCAAGAAAUAUAUACGGAAGCAACAAGGAAUCCAUUUGAAGUUAUGGAUCAAAAAGGAAAAAAGGGAAAAGGUUUAGGACUCAAAAAGUAG